AUGCUGACUCUGGCGAGCAAGUUGAAGAGAGAUGAUGGAGUCAGAGGAGCUCGGGCGUCUCCUCCAGCUUCGGAUUCGACUCGGAGAGUUUCUGUCCGGGAUAAACUGCUGGUGAAAGAGGUGGCUGAGCUGGAGGCAAAUUUACCUGGGACCUGCCAGGUGAGCUUUGCUGACCCAAACAAGCUCCAUGACUUCCAGCUGACUGUGACCCCAGAUGAGGGUUACUACCAAGGGGGCAAGUUUCAGUUUGAAAUCGAAGUCCCUGAUGCCUACAACAUGGUG